UCAGGGACGCGGCGUGCUGGGGGCUCCGGAGCUCUGGCUGCACCAUCGGCCCCAGGAGACUCACUGGGCUGGCGCGUUGGGCGUGCGCAGAGCAAUGGAGCCGUCGUGGCUGGAGACCCGAGGGGCGCGGCCUUUGUACCUGGCUUUCGUGUUCGGCCUGGCCCUGGGGCUGCUCCAGGUCAUCAAGCUGUACCUGCGGAGGCAGCGGCUGCUGCGGGAUCUACGCCCCUUCCCCGCGCCCCCCGCCCACUGGUUCCACGGGCACCAGAAGCUUCUUCAGGAAGAUAAAAUGGAGAAGCUUGAGGAGAUUGUUGAGAAGUACCCUUGUGCCUUUCCUUGCUGGGUUGGGCCCUUUCAGGCAUUCUUCUUUAUCUAUGACCCAGACUAUGCAAAGACGUUUCUGAACAGAACAGACCCCAAGUCCCAGUACCCAUACAAGUUCAUGACUCCAUGUCUUGGAAAAGGUCUCCUGAAUCUAGAUGGGCCCAAGUGGUUCCAGCAUCGUCGCCUACUAACUCCUGGAUUACAUUGUGAUACCCUGAAAACAUAUGUCGAGGUGAUGGCCCAUUCUGUGAACACAAUGCUGGGUAAGUGGGAGAAGAUCUGUGGCACUCAGGACACAACCGUGGAGGUUUUCGAGUUCAUCAGCUUGAUGGCCCUGGACAUCAUAAUGCAAUGUGCAUUCAGCCAGGAGACCAACUGCCAGAUAAAUGGCACCUAUGAUCCUUAUGUGAAAGCAACAUCUGAACUCAGCAAAAUCAUAUUUUAUCGCUUCUACAACUUCUGGCACCACCAUGAUGUAAUUUUUAAAUUCAGCCCUAAGGGCCACCAUUUCCAAGAGUUAAGCAAAGUGCUGCAUCAAUACACAGAAAAGGUAAUCCAGGACAGAAAGAAAUCCCUCAAGGCUGGGAUAAAACAGGAUAACACUCAGAAGAAAUAUCAGGAUUUUCUGGACAUUGUCCUUGGUGCCCAGGACGAAAAUGAAGACAGCUUUUCUGAUACUGAUCUACGGUCUGAGGUGAGCACGUUUAUGUUGGCAGGACACAAUGCCUCUGCAGCAAGCCUCUCUUGGCUUCUCUACUGCCUGGCUCUGCACCCUGAGCACCAGGAGCGAUGCCGGGAAGAGAUCAGGAGCACCCUGGGGGAUGGGUCUUCCAUCAGCUGGGACCAGCUAGAUGAGAUGUCCUACACAACAAUGUGUAUCAAGGAGAUGUUCCGAUUGAUUCCUCCAGUGCCAUCCAUUUCCAGAGAGCUCAGCAAGCCUCUCACCUUCCCAGAUGGACGCUCAUUGCCUGCAGGAAUGAAUGUGGUUCUCAGUAUUUGGGGUCUUCACCACAACCCUGCUGUCUGGAAUAGCCCACAGGUCUUUGACCCUUUGAGAUUCACUAAGGAGAAUUCUGAUCAAAGACACCCAUAUGCCUUCUUGACAUUCUCAGCAGGACCAAGGAACUGCAUUGGACAGCAGUUUGCCAUGCUUGAGUUGAAAGUGGCCAUUGCCUUGAUUCUGCUCCGCUUCAGAGUGGCUCCAGACCUCACCAGGCCUCUCGCCUUCUCAAAUCACCUUGUCCUCAAGCCCAAGGAUGGAAUGCAUUUGCACCUGAAGAAGCUCUCCAUGUGUUAAAGCCAGGUACAAUGACUAUAUUUUGUUUUUUAAGUUCAAUUUGAAGCUAAUGGUCUGAGCAAGUGAAGAAGAAUCAGAGUGUCAUGGGAGAGUUGGAGGUAGGUGGGUUGGCAGUGGGCGUUAAUCUGUAGAGCUACACAUUAUCAAAAACAUUCCCAGGUAGCAAGACUGACACCUAGAUCUGUUUCUAUCUGGCUUUGGGAGAUUUUUUCAGAUUUUUUUGUUUGACCCUGAAUACUAUCAAUGUGGUAUACCAAGCACUUUUCUAGGUGUCUUCAGUACAUUUUCUGUUGUUCUUUUAAAAUUAUUUUCAGAAUUACACACAAAAUAGGUAAAUGAAUGUAGGCUCACCAUUUUAAGAACUUUCAGCACUAAAAAAAGCAUGUCAAAUAAAAUUUAAAAUGCAAGGCCAGAGCUUUAGCUCAGUGUUUCCGCCGCCUGCCUUGCAAGCACAAGGUCUCAAAUUUGAUCCACGGUACCAAAGGAAAAAAAAGCUCCUAAAAUUUAAAAUUCCACUUCUGCUGGCCCAUUCCUCAUGACCUGACCAAUCCUACUACCUUCUGUUAAGAUGGAAUAAUUUGAUUUGCUUUCUUUGAGAUUUUUUUCCCGUACGUUUUACAUCUACAUAUAAAUGUGUGUAUAUUUUAGGAUCAUAUCUAUAUUGUCCUUGCUGUUUUCACUUCCUAAAAAUCCAUCUCAUUCCCUUUGGUGCAUUUAUAGUUUUCUGUAAAAUGGAUGUCCUGUAAUUGUUAACCAUUGUAUAGGUUAUUUAAGUUAUUUGUAAUUUUUAAAUGUGCUUAUUGGUCAUUUAUGUUUAUCUUUGAUUUGUUCUUUGUGAUUUGUCUGUAUACUAUUUUGUUUUCCAUGAUAUUGUCUUUUUCUUAUUCAAAUAUGUUUUAUAUAUCGAAGGAUGUAUGAAGCAAGACUAUAUAUGUAUAUCUACAUAUGUAUAAAGCAAGAACAAAAUGUAUCAAAGGAUGUAUAAAGCAAGAAUAGUAAUUGCCAUGAGGAACUUUUUAAUUUUCAUGAAGAUUUAUGCACACUUUUCCUAUAGUUACAGGGUUUUGAGUCUUGGAUAAGAACAUCUCCAUUUGUAAUAUUACAAAAAUAUUAUAUUUUUUUCUGGUGCUAACCGCUCUUGUAGUGCCUGAGUGGGAAUUUCUUAAUAAUUUCCAGAUUCAUUACUCAUUGGAGCCUAAUCAGAAAUUUAGACUUAUUUUUAAGUACAGGAGAAGCCCUUUGAAGAUUUUCCCCCAGAGGUGGAACUUGGGAUGAAUUGCAUUUUAAGAAAGUUUUGCAUCUGUGAUAUGGAGAAUUAAUAGAUUAGAGAGGGCUUGAGUGAAAGCAGGAAGAAAAGGGCACUAGGAAUCUAUUGCAAUCAUGCAGGUAAAAGAUGAUGGUGCUUGCCAAGGGUAGUGGCAAUUAGAAUUGAAGGAGAAUGAAUGUGAAGAAGAUUUUGAUGGCCUUUGGUAAAACAUAUAGAACUUGUUAAUUGAUUGGAAGUAGAGUGUGAGUGAAGGGGGAAAAUUCAAGAUUUGUGAGAGCAACCAGGGCUAUCCAACCAAUCACAGGAACACCUUGUAUAAUACUUUCACCAAGUAUUCAUCAGUCCUUUGCCUUGCUGCACAUCUUGAUUAUUGGGAAGUUCUGUGGUGGAAGCUGGUUAGGCACCUGAGAGCUCUACUUAGGAUCAAGGCUUAGAGUGAGGAGGGAGGUGGCUGCAGGACUAAAAAUUUCCUUAACCAGAUAAGAUAUCCAACGUUCAUUCUUGGUUUAAUGAAACCUGCAUGUUGCCAAAGGAUAUGAGGGGUUAGAAACCAUUUAACCCUCAAGGGCAGUGGUAACAAAUGUCUCCUAUAGAAACCCCUGUCAGAUUCACAGAACUCUGAUACAGCUCCUACUUUCCUUUUGUCUCCUCUGUCCAUAUGCACAAUUAUGGAAGACCACCAUCUACUUAGGAAAGCUUCUCCCACUCCACUGAUUCAAUUGGUAAUCUAUGGCCAGUGUUUGAGUGUCCAGUAGGGCUAAAGAAGAGGUUAGGUAAUUACAGUGGCUAUGGUCAUGAAGGGUUAAAGCAUUCUGGAACUCAUAGAAAUAAUCAUAUUUAUGGUGGGCUUGGAUUGUUCCUUUACAAAUUAAUCUACAUGGCCUGCUGGAAAUGUGGAUGAUUCUUGAUUACUGAACCAAAAAUGUUUUAGUGCUUCAUGGUAAGCACUACCCCAGAUACUAUUUCUAUUUUAAAAGACCCACCCCUGUCCAAGUUUAAAUGACAGGCUGUUGGUGGCAGAGGUGAAUCAUCCCUCUCACAUCUUUUGCCCGCUCCUACAGAAAUAGAAGACUUACCUGAGCACAUGAUUGGCAGCUACAGACCAUAUUACCUCAUCUCCCUUUCAAUGAGAUGCACCAUGGGACUAGGUUUGGGGCAGAGCUCUGAGCAGAAGUGACAAGUACAAUUUCCAUCUAAUAUUUGCAAAAGGAAAGAUAUAUAUCCUCCCUUUCCCUUUUAUCCUUACCUUCUUGGAGACAGAUGUGGUGGCAAGAGCUAGAGCUGCUAAUUUAGAUCAUUAACCAAAAGCUAUGUUGAAGAUGAUAGGACAAGGAGAUAGAAGGAGCCAGACACCUGGAUGAACUUGUAGACAAAACCACCCUACUAACUCUGAAUCACUCACUUCCUCAAGACUUUUAUGUGAGUGGGAAAUACAUUAUUAUUUUAUUUAAGCUCUUCUAUUGGACGCUCUUUGUGAUAGUAGACUAUUAUUGACAUGACCAGUGCUAUUUUAAAAUUUCACAUAUAUCCAGACAAUGACUAGGGUUUUCUUUUCAUUUCCUAUCUUUCCACAUAACCAAGAUCAUUUGUCAUGGAUACAAGACUUUUGCUGUUUGUUUCAAGGCUAUUUAAAAUUUCAAAUUACUUGUCAUGAUUUUGCUAUUAAAUUAACAUGAGAAAAGAAAAGGGUGGCUUCUAUUACCAAAUAUCCAGGCCCAAGCCAGGAAUGGAGCAGCUGAAUAAGCAUCUUAAAGGAACCACAUAAUCCUGGACAAAAUACUGUGACUCUUCUUGACCCUUCAACUUUGGAGGUGGCACACAAACAAAAACUGAUGCCCAGUACAUACUAAUCCUUAUGGUUUUUUUAUAAGGAAUAAUAUGCCCAACCAAGUUGAAAGUUAUAUCAAAUGUCAUCUCUUAUUUUUUACCUUUUCUGAGUCAUAGAACUUUUUACAAAUCUGAAGAAAAACAUGGAUCUUCUCCCCAGAAACUUGUACAUACUCCAAAUAUGAAUGGAGUUUAUGACUUCAUAGCAUUACUUGCCCAUGAGCCCAUGCCUAGACCUCCUUGAGAGUCCUUCCUCUGCCUUAAUAAUGUUAAGAGCCUUGGGAAAUGGCCAUAACUGAUACUGGAAGCCAUUUGUUCAGGGGGCAAGACAUUCCACCCUCAGGUAGCUAUCAAUCGCAAGUGUUUCAUAAUACUGAGCCAAAAUUCUCCUCUUUAUACCUUUUGUCCAUCAAUACAACUCAAAAUUUCUCUUUCAAUUUAUAAUUUUAAGAGGUUUUUGUCAUCAUAAUGUAAUUGGACACAAUACAAAAUGUGAAUACCCACCUUUCAUGCACACACCCUGAGUGGAGAAGUACAGUGUCCUAAAAUGUCAAAUAAGGACACUGACUUUUUCCUUACUUCUUUCCCCCACUCUCAUCUAUUGAUCUACAAGUUACUGGGCUGGCCAUCUGGCAUUGCUCAAAAGUCUUCCAUUAUGAACACUGUUCUUCAAUGCAUAUCCUAUGCCAGAACAGGCUUACUAUACUACCCAUGCUUUAUUCUCUUUUUCACUUGACACCUGUAACAAUUAUUUGCCAGAUGCAGGGCUCUACCAACUUAACUAAAUGUAAUUCUAUAUGGUCUCUAACUGUGGCUGCAUGCUGACCCUAUGUAUACCCUAUAUAGCCAUGCCUAACAGAGAUCCUGCUACACAGUAGGUCCACUGCACGUAUUUGUAUAAUGUAUAGAUGGAUGGAUGGAUGAAUAAACAAAUGAACCAUGACCACAAGUUAACCUUUACCCCUAGUUGUUAACAUGGAUUUUUUAGCAAAGAACAAUUCUUCAUGUUCUGAGAAAACAGGCCUUCUAGCUCUGGUUCACAGACCUGUGAUACCUGUCUCAGCCAAUGAGAGCACAUAUGAUUUGGCAUAGCUUAUCCCUCUGCAGGGGAUAAUUCAGUAUGUACUUAUUCUUUACUCAUCAGUAUUUAUUGAUCACUUCCUGUAUGCUGGACAUUGCCCUUGGCACUGGGAACACAGCAAUAAAUAGACAAAGACUUUGAUCUCUUGGAGCUUAUAUGAUGGAGAAGACACAAACAAUAUAAAAAGUAAAUGAAUAAACUGGAUAUGGUGGUAUGCAUCUUUAGUCCCAGCCACCUGGAGGGCUGAGCUAAGAGGAUGACUUGAGUCCAAGAGUUCAAGGCCAGCCUGGACUACAGAACAAGACUGUGUCUCAAAAAAAGAGUAAGUCAAUAAAUCAAUAUAUUUGUUAAGUUUAUGCUAGCUACUGUAACCAAUAAACACCACACAUUACUAUAGCUUAAUAUAACAUAGUAAAAGACAUCUAUUUGCACUCAUAUAAGUAGCUCAAUACAAGCAUUUCUUGUGGGCCAGCAGAUUCCUGCUUGGAGAUUUCAGAACUCAGUUUCCUUUCAUCUUGUGGUGUGCUAUCCUGUAGGAUUUGAGAGUUGUCUGUAUCCAUCCAGCAGACAAUGAAGAGGAUGUAGAGAAAGCACAAAUGCUUCUUAAUUUCCAUGCCUCAGACAUAAUACCCACUGUGUCUGAACAUGUUGUGCUGCUGGGAAUUAGUUGGGAGGAUGAAAGUACAAACAGAAGUCCAGUUCCUGGCAGGACAGCAACAACUCUACAGUGUUGAAGAGAAAGCACAAAAACUGCUCCUCUGUUUCAGUCCAUUCCUUGGGCCACCAAAUACUGGUUUUAUUUUCUUCUCAAAUAUGAACACAUUUACCCUGUCCUCAAGGAUGACAAAAUUCCUAUCUAGCUAGAUAGCCCAAAUCCCAGACUAUUUAGAGCAUACAUUUCUCUUCAUAAUGCCUUUAUGUGAAUCUUUGUGUUCCAUGGAUCUAUAAGCUAAAGGCAAGAUAUCCAUUAUGGCUUGUCUUUAGAUGUCCCCCAAAGCCUCAUGCAAAUGAGAUGGGGCUAUUUUGGAGGUAGCAGAAUUUAAAGUGCAUGAUUGAUUUAUGGUGGGGCUAGGCCCGAGAGUACUAAGAUUAAGGAUGAGUGCUACCCAUCCUAAGCAGUCUGAAUAGGAUAAAAGGGGCAUAAAUAUACUCUCAAGCUCUCUUGUUGCUUUUGCUCUCUUCCAUCACCAUGACUGUUGCCCUUCUGCCACCCUGCCUUGGAGCAAGCCAAUUAUGGACUGAAACCUCCUCCAACUGUAAGCCAAAUAAACCUCUUCUCCUUUAACUUUGGUUGUCAGGCAUUUUGUCUCAAUAAUGAGAGAAAAGUCACUAACACAGAAAUUUGGUACCAGGAGUGGGGUCAUUGCUGUGACAUUACCUGGACAUUACCUGUGGCUUAAGAGCCUUUGGAACUGGUUUGUGGGAUGGGGAAGAGUUAGAAAAGAUUUGGAGAUGUUGGCAGCAGAAGUAGAGAACACCUUAGGCUGUUCUGUAUGGGAGAGUCUGGUCAGAGCUCAGAAGACCAGAAAGCCAGUAAAGACCCAGCUCAGAAGGUUUUUGCUGGGAAGGACUGCACUGGCUGUUGGACUCCAAAUGAUGUGUGUUAUGGUUGGCAGAAAGUUUGUCUGCAUUUUUCUCAUGUCCAGAGAUUUUGCCUGAGACUGAGAUUAGGGGGAGUGGACUAAUUUUGCAGAAGAGAUUUCAAGGCAGUCAAAUAUUGAGGCAGUGGUAUGGCUAUUGCUGGGAGCUUUUAGCCAGAUCUAUGUUGAGAAUCAAGAGCAAGAAGCCUAGAAGAAUGAUUUAAAAUGUUUUGAGUUUGGCCAGAAAGGAAGCUCCAGUAAAGUUUUGGCCUGCAAAGAUGAAGCAGAGGAGACCUUUAUUGCUGAGAAGGAACAGAAGAGUAGAAAAGACAGCCUUAGGGUGUCACAAGAAGCAGCAGGAUUCCACCCUUUGCAGCCUCAAAAUUGCAAAAGUGAAAGACUUUGCUUUGAGAAAAGCCCCAGAGCAGCAUGUUUCAGAAUGGUGGUGACCUAGAGAAUUUGUUCCUUGGAAUUGGAUUCAGAGUACUCAGCAAUCCAGGCACUCGACCACUACAUCCAAGAGAAAGGGAAGACCUGGCUACUACUACUCCAACUGACAGUAGACCUUGGCAUCAUCCACGUGGUUCGGGUUUUAGGCACAUGCAAAAUGCAAGAGUUGUGGGGUCAGGAAGGCUUCCACUCAGCUUUCAGAAGAAGUCCUGGGUGGCCAGGCAGUGUGUCCCGAGAGGGCAGUGUGUGAAGGUGUGAGUGUGAAGCUGAAGGUGCAGUGGAGACCCCAGAAGUUUGGAGAAGCCAGGACCAUGGCUUGUCUGAGGAAAACUGCAAGGAGGGAGCAGACACAGCCCAAGAGAGAAGUUAUGGGAGCUACAACCAGAAGUAUCAUAGAGACAGAGACACCCAAGCCCUUUGGAGUUCACAACUUGCCACAGAUUGCCUGGGAUGCUGGAAGUGGAUUUAAUGUUUUCCCUGAUGGAUUUUGGACUUGCUUUGGUCCUAUUCCUUUGUAUCCCCCUGCUUGUAACUUUUGGAAUGGAAAUGUCUAUCUUGUGCCAUUGAAUGUUGCAAGUGCUUAACUUUCUUUUCAUUUAUACAUUGGAUCACAGCUAAGAAUUUACCUUAAAUCUCAGAGAAGACUUUGGACUUGGAAUUUUCAGCAAUGCUAAAACUGAUAGGACUUUAACAACAUUUAGAGAUGGACUAAAUGCUUUUGCAAGAAGAGAUGUGCAUGAAUCUUUAGGGGGCCAGGGGUGGAAUGUUAUGACUUGUCUUUAGAUGUCCCUCCCACAAAGCCUUAUGCAAAUGAGGUGGGGCUCUUUUGGAGGUAGCUAAAUCUAGAGUGCAUAAUUGAGCCAUGGUGGGGCUAGGCCCAAGGGCACAAGGAUUAAGGGCAUGAGUGCUACCUGCCCUAAGUAGUCUGAAUAGGAUAAAAAAGGGCAGAAAGAUGCUUUUAAGCUUUCUUGUUGCUUUUGCACUGUUACCUUUCUGCCACCCUUCCUUGGAGCCAGCCAAUUAUAGACUGAAACCUUUAUGAACUAUAAGCCAAAUAAACCUCUUCCCCUUUAACUUUGGGUGUCAGGUAUUUUGUCCCAGCAAUGAGAGAAAAGUAACUAAUGCAGUUUCUUUACCUCUUGUCCAGUGUACAUGAUGCAGCAGAGACAGGGAGACUGCCAUGAACACUCCCACUCCUUUGCCAUAAGUCUGUAUUUCCCAGAUGCUCUUGUUAAUAGAUGUGACUGUAUGACUAAGUUUGGGCCAAUAGAUGUAAAUAAACUUGAUGUGUACAAC